AUGUUGGUGUUGUUGUUGUUUACAGGUGAGUGUGUUCUUGAUUUGACGGAAACAUGUGUCAAAGACCUGCUUCUCUGUCAGUCAGUGUCAGACCUGGAGAUGGACAGGCUGUGUCUGUGUGUCGCUCUGACUGCACUCUUCUGUGCUGCUUCCUGUGGAGAGACAGGGGUCUCUGGAGCCGAGGUGGAGCAGAGAGUCAGACCAGGUGACAAAGUUACUCUCCACUGUGACUGCAGAGUAUCAUCUGGGGUGCACGUAGUGUGGUACAGGAACUGCUCUCAUAGGAACCAGCCUACUCUGGUCAUGUCCGAAUAUAAUAACAACAAAAACAACAUGUUCCUUCAAUAUGACCAACUUCUUAACCCCUUCCCUGGUUUUACUCUGGUGUGGAACAAGUCCAACAACACCUAUGAUCUCCUGAUUGAGAACGUGACUGAGUCUGACCUGGGACUCUACUAUUGUGGGACUGUGGCGUUGAAGGUGGUGGAAACACCACCAGACAAGAUAAAAGAGGAGAAGCUCUAUCUUUAUGGAGAUAUAACCAUCAGUCUUUCAUUUGCGGAGCCCCCAGACCCUGUCUGCCCGGUGUGUCCAGACCCUGAUGGGGACUGUGGUCUGAGCUGGGUCCUGGUGCUGCUGUCCAGAGCUCUGACUGCCCUCCUCCUCCCAUGUGCCUACUGGGUCGGAUACAUGCAAGCAGGAUCAUGGAGGAGGAGGAGGGAGGAAGUCUGGAAGAGGAGUAGAGACCAGACUGACCAGUCAUUCUCCAUGUCUCUCCAAUGAUCUCUCCAACUGUGUGGUCACCACGACAACCACGACGAGACUGUGACAUGGUUUACUGUUUUUUUUGGGGGGAAGUGUCUAACUUGGAAUGUCGCUUAAUCCUUUUUGUUGCAAAAUGUCUUUUUGUGUAGAGGAUGCAUUUUGUUAUCAUGCUUUUGUGCUUUGUAAUAAA